GGGCCCAUCCUGCUGGACGACCUGCCUCCGGAGCCCACGCACGAGGAGGCGGCCGUUGUGGAUCCAUACUUCGACAUUAGCCUGAAGGUUGGACCGCCCGCGGAGAUCACGGAACAGAUCUCCUCGGCCAACAGCCGCGCGGUCUUCCUCGAAGACAGCAGCGAGGCGCCAAGAAAAGCCCGCAGGAGAAGAAGCACGUCUGGCAGAGCCGUCGGCCGAGCCAGGGGCAUGCGCCCAGCCGAGCCGCCGCCGACCGAGCCAGCGCCACCCGCGCCCGGCCGGCUGCUGCCCGAGGUGCCAGCCUCGCUGCUGGUGCUCCCGGAGGUGGUGGCAUCACCGCGAAAGUCGCGGAGUGCCGCCACUGCCGCGAUGUCGAAGGUGUUGAAGGCACCGAAGGCGGGGCGGGCAGCCACGGAGGCGGCGCUGCGCGACGAGGGCCUCGAGGUGGUCCGGGCCACGCUCACGUUCGAGCCCGUGACAUGGAAAGCCUCUGGCUCGCCGUACGAGAACGUCGUGUAG